UUCUACCAUACAUUCAUAUUUAACCAUGAAAACAAUCACAUGUAUUGUGGCAUUAGUCUUUGUCCUGGGAGUAUCAGGAGGACCCUUGUCCAGAAGGUCGGAAGGUGUGAACAAUAGACCUUACAAGGUGGUAUGUUACCUGGGAAGUUGGGCUAAUUACCGUUGGGGAGAUGGAAAAUACAAAAUUGAAAAUAUCGACCCUUUCCUCUGUACCCAUCUCAUCUAUGGGUUUGCUAAGUUGGACCACAACAACCAGAUCGCCCCUUUUGAUAAUUAUUUAGAUUUGGCAGAAAACUGGGGAUUAGGUGCAUAUAAAAGAUUUAAUAACUUAAAGAAAAUUAAUCCCCGAUUGAAAACCAUCCUGGCAAUCGGGGGCUGGAAUGAAUAUCCAAUCAAAUAUUCCAAUAUGGCGCGGGAUCCUGUCCAGAGGAAGAAAUUUGUGAUCAGCUGUAUAAAGUUUCUACUAAAGCACGGCUUCGAUGGGUUGGAUCUGGAUUGGGAGUAUCCUGCAAACCGCGGUGGCAUUCCAGAAGACAAAGAAAACUUUGUUAUUCUACUCAAGGAGCUGAAAUCAGAACUAUCAGUCAAGGGUCUAUUAUUAUCAGCAGGUGUGUCAGCUGGUCAAAAGACAGUAGAAACGGCUUACGAUAUCCCCAAAGUAGCCAAGUAUCUUGAUAUCAUUAAUCUUAUGUCGUACGAUCUCCAUGGAGACUGGGAAAAUAAAACAGGUCACGUAGCUCCUCUCUAUGCGAGACCUGAUGAAUCUCCAGAAGAUAAGACUUUAAACGUGGAUUAUGGGGUCAAGUUGUGGAUCAACGGAGGAGCCGAUCCUAAGAAGAUAACGAUGGGGCUUCCUGUAUACGGUCGAUGUUUCACCCUGAGAGACCCUAACAAAAAUGGGCUAAGUGUUCCUGUAACUGGACCCGGUGAACAAGGUCCCUACACUAGCAAACAAGGGAUAAUGGGAUAUAACGAGAUUUGUGAGAAACAGAUGAUCGAAAGUAAUCAAUGGACCAUUGUUCGAGAUCAUCAUCAUAAGGUACCAUACAUGUAUAAAGACAGGCAAUGGUGUGGCUACGAUGAUGCUGAAAGCUUCCGGAUAAAGGCAGCCUAUAUCAAAGCCAUGGGUUUAGGAGGAGGUAUGAUAUGGUCCUUGGAUACGGACGACUUUCAAGGGAAAUGCCAUGGGGUUCGAUACCCGCUGUUAAAGGUUCUGAGUGAAGACCUGAAUGUUUCUGGUGACCAUGUGACCACCUAUUUACCAUCAACAAACAGUAAACCUAAUUCGUCAGUAGUUACGAAAGAAACUGACGUCACAACUACGAGUCCAGUUACCAACCCAACAGACGGUAACACGUUUCCAACAAAAUAUCCUGUCUCUACGACAACUGUUGACGAUGAGAGUGGUCUUAAAUGCACUAAAGAAGGAUGGUUUCGCUUUCCUAACGACUGUACCCGCUUUUAUCGUUGUGAACGCGUUGGCAAUACGUUCCGCAUACAUUUUUUUAAGUGUCCAAGUGGAACCGUAUUCAGUGAAAUAUUUAAGGUUUGUUCCUAUCCAGACUUUGUGCAUGAAUGUAGAGGCAGUGCCUAAGCAAGUAGUAUUUCGCUACCUCGAAUGAUCUUUCAGACUUCCUAUCGCAUUUCUUCAUACAGUUCCCAAUCCAAGUCUGUAAGAUUUCCUUUCGCAUUUCUUCCUACUGUUCCCAAUCCAAGUCUGUAAGAUUUCCUUUCGCAUUUCUUCAUACAGUUCUCAAUCCAAGUCUGUAAGAUUUCCUUUCGCAUUUCUUCCUACAGUUCCCAAUCCAAGUCUGUAAGAUUUCCUUUCGCAUUUCUUCAUACAGUUCUCAAUCCAAGUCUGUAAGAUUUCCUUUCGCAUUUCUUCCUACAGUUCCCAAUCCAAGUCUGUAAGAUUUCCUUUCGCAUUUCUUCAUACUGUUCCCAAUCCAAGUCUGUAAGAUUUCCUUUCGCAUUUCUUCCUACAGUUCCCGAUCCAAGUCUGUAAGAUUUCCUUUCGCAUUUCUUCAUACUGUUCCCAAUCCAAAUUUUCAUUACGGUUCUUCGUAAUUUAUUAUUUCUAAAAGUUGUUCUGAAAUAUAUUUCGUCUGUACUUCAUCACUCAAUACCCAUUUUAAAACAAAAUUUUCAUCGAGUAGUCUUUAAUUAAUAAUUCCCAGAAGACUUACUCAAGCACCAAGCUAAAUAACCUUACCGUUGCCUCCAACUUACUUGAGAACCUUGAAAACUUUGAUUCACUAAAUCAGAUAUUUCUAUUACGUGAAAUGGAGGACUUCAAAUAUAUUAACAAGGACCGACAGAAGUUUAUGGUUACUUGCAUAAGUACAUUAAGAGUGCUUCAUAGAGAACCUCAAUAUUAUGAAUUCUGAAUCUCUUCUUUAGUAUCUUUUGUAAGAAGUAAUUUCAAAAAUAAUUAUCUAAUUUAUCGUGCAUGUAUUCUCUAUAUCCUAAUUUAAUAUAAUUUUUUGGUUAUAUUUUAAAAGUCAUGUCGUACAGAUAUGAUUGGCAAACAUAUUCACAAAUGGUUUCGAACUAGCAUUCAAAAUAAUUUGAUUAAUUAUAGCGUGCGUUGAAUUCAUUAUAGUAUAUGUUUUAAAUACAUUAAAAAAUUGUGGCACUUUGAGUUGUAUUGCUUCAAUUAGUUAUCAGUGAUAGGGUUAACUUAAAGGCAGAAUUGAUCACGAUAAUUUUGCUGCAACAGUAGAGGACUUCAAAUUUCAAAAACCAGUAACUCAUUUUAUAAACAUCUUUAUUUUCUUUAAUAUACCUUUCAUCUUUGCUUCAAACCGAUAGAAAUAACUCAUAAUUUUCUAAUUAUU